AUUCAGCAUGAAGCGUCACCAGCUGACAGCUGUUGACGCUUCAUAAUUGUGAAAUUUCUGGUUAACGUGAAAGUAUGUUAUUAAGUGAUGAAUUCCGCAUAUUAGAAUCACCAGAAAUAAAUACAGUCUGCAGUUCAAUAUUUAAGUUAUAAAAGGGUUUGAAUUAUUUAUUAAGUAUAAUCAACAGAAAUUUCUCGCUGGUCAACCUUCAGACAUCAGAUUCUUGAAGCAAACAACGGCAAUGUCUCAGAUUUCCAUCCGUAAUGCUAUCCUCACAGAUGUUCCAGGUAUCCUUGAGCUAGCUCGAAUCAUUGGUCGUUACGUAACGUUUGAAGAUGAACUUUUUUCUUGGAUGACAUUGGACUCUCAAGCUAUAGUUGUUGCUGAGAACAUCCAGCUUAAGCAGAUUGUUGGUACAUGUUCAGGUAUGGCUUAUGGACCAGGUCGUGGUUUUAUGGGAUUCUACAUGGUGAGAGAAGAAUACAGAGGUCGCGGAAUCGGAACACAGUUAUGGAAUAAGGCCAUGAAACAUCUAGAAGGUCGAAAUAUCGGCGUUCGAGGAUUAGAGAAUAUGUUUAGUCUGUAUACAGAUAAGCGGGGCUUCGUCCGCCAACCAAACUAUGUCAUUUGCUUCUACAAAUGUUCUGGAAGUUCUCUAAUUUUACCCAAACUGAAUCUUGAUAGUAUUGGAAUCGUUUCAUUGAUGGGUAAAGGAGUACGGCUAAGAAACGCUGAACUGCUAGCAGUCAUUCGUGAUUUGAAACGUAAUCUUGCACAAAACUCAAGUCAGCAUGCUUCGAAAGACCCGGAAAUUUCUUAUAUAGACACUGUUGAAAAUAUUAUAGUUGAAGAAUGGAAAAAUACCCCGAAAUUUGGAAGAUCCAUCGAAAAUUUACUAAAUAAAGUAGUAAAUUAUGACCGCCUGUUUCAUGGUUAUGAUAGGUCUUUUAUAGUUGCUCAGACUCUGUCCUGGCGUUCCUGCAAGACGAAAAUCGCAGUAAUUAACGAAAGAGUUGUAGGUUAUUUAUGUUUAAGACCAACCGUGUUAGGAGUUUGGAUGAUUUCUCCAUUCUACGCUGACUCAGAAUAUAUUGCAGAGUUGUUAUUAGUUUCUUUACUGUCCGAUGUAAAAUUUUCGGAAAUAACUGAUGGAAUUCAAAUUCAAUUUCCCGAUAAAAAUCCUUAUUGUCUGAAGCUUAUUCAAAAAUAUGAGUUUCGGGAGGAAGGUCUUCGAAUUUCUACUGGUUAUAACAGGACCUGUACCGAGGUUGAUGUCUCAAGAUUAUAUUCCUUCCACUCUACAAUGUUCUGCACUGAAUGACAUUAAAUUACACCAGACGUACUUUACACUAAAUGGUAAUAUAUGUUACUUUUCUUUCAAAAAAUAUUAAGGCCUUUAUGAAAUCGACAAAAUACAUUUUAAUAAUUUUUAUUGGUCUAAGGAAAAAAGCGUUUUUAUCAGAUUAUAAUUGAUCCUUGUGUAGGUUCAAAUAUACUCAGUUUUAUUUAUGUGAUUAAUCUAUCCGUUAAAGUUGCA